AUGGCUUUCGCGAUCAAGCCUGCAUCUACCUCCCACUCCACCUUUUCGCCGGCGGUUUAUCAGUCGUCGUCGUCGCUCUCGAGGCGGGCGGCGGCGGCGAAAAUGUCGUCGGGGCGGAGGAAGGCUCCGGCGGUCGUCAGGGCGGUCGCCGCGGCGGCUCCGCCUGCCCCGGCGCCGGCCAGGCCAGCGGGCAAGCGAUGCCUUUCGGUGUCGCAGACCAUGUCCAGGCUCAAGGCGCAGGGCAAGACGGCGUUCAUCCCGUACAUCACCGCCGGCGACCCCGACCUGGCGACGACGGCGGAGGCGCUGCGGCUCCUGGACGCCUGCGGCGUCGACGUCAUCGAGCUCGGCGUGCCAUGCUCCGACCCCUACGCCGACGGGCCCGUCAUCCAGGCAUCGACGGCGCGGGCGCUGGCGAGCGGCACGACGCCGGACGGCGUGCUGGCGAUGCUCAAGGAGGUGACGCCGGAGCUGUCGUGCCCGGUGGUGCUCUUCUCCUACUUCAAGCCCGUCGUCCGGUGGGGGCUGGCCGACUUCGCCGCCGCCGCCAAAGAAGCCGGUGUACACGGUCUGAUAGUCCCCGACCUCCCUUAUGCCGCCACGUGUGCCCUCAGGAGUGAAGCCAUGAAGAACAACCUCGAGCUGGUGCUGCUCACAGCACCAGCUACACCGGAAGAGAGGAUGAAGGAAAUCACAAGAGCUUCAGAAGGUUUUAUCUACCUUGUGAGCGUCAAUGGCGUUACAGGUCCCCGCGCAAACGUGAGCACACGUGUCGAAUCUCUCAUUCAAGAGGUUAAACAGGUCACUGACAAGCCUGUGGCUGUUGGAUUUGGCAUAUCGAAACCUGAGCAUGUAAAGCAGAUUGCGGAGUGGGGUGCAGAUGGGGUGAUCAUUGGCAGUGCAAUGGUGAGACAGUUAGGCGAAGGAGUAUCUCCCCAAGAAGGACUGAAACGGCUGGAGGAUUACGCCAGGAGCAUGAAGAACGGCAUUGCCAUGAAGACUAGUAUAGGGCCCCAGGCGGAUAGCAAGUAAGUUAUGACGUAAUAAAGCCUAGUGGUCAGUAAACUGAAUGGAAGCACUACUGUAGCUGCCUUUCCUCUUGGUCGUCGUUAGGCAAAUACAUGGCAAAUACUGUAGCUGCGAGCUGAAUAAUAUUCAGCGCUCUGGCGGCGGUUGCAGCCGGAGGUCUGGCAAGCCUCCACGGUAGUAAAAUCCACUUGUUUUGUGCCGCAACGGUAAAAAUCGAAGCAGCAAGGUUCCUGGAACUCCAGGGAGGUCUUGUGACUGU